GUAUGAGUUGGAAAUCCACUGGUUUUAAGCUCAUGCGACACAAAUGUGAAAGUACAUGAAGUGAAGAAUAGAAGAAUAGCGCGGAACAACAUUGUCUUCCAUGAAAACAUCCUGCGUUUUAUUUCGUGCUUUAGUUUGUUGUCCUGACGAUCGGCCGUCUGGACUGUGAGCCGAGGCUACUUUUAGCUUGUUGGCUAGCUGCUUGCUGGACUUCAACCUUCUCCUUUUUUACUCAUCUUUGAAGUGCUUUCUUAUUUCUCAACAUCGUCUUCAUCGCAAAGGUUGAUCCAUGAACAGCAACUCAUGUCUCUGGCGGAUUUGCUAAAGGUGUCUUUCUGCCAGACACUGAGGGCCUUCCCCCUGAGAGCCCCACUUUUGUCUGCUGCAGACACAUUUUGGGGAGUGGCGGCGUUCUCUGAACAAACAGGAUGUUGGAGGGUCUUGUCGCCUGGGUGCUGAACACAUACUUGGGAAAAUAUGUCAGCAACUUGAACACAGAUCAGCUGUCCAUUGCCCUCCUCAAAGGUGCAGUUGAGUUGGAGAACCUCCCUCUGAGGAAAGAUGCACUCAGAGAGUUCGACCUGCCCUUUGAGGUCAAAGCAGGCUUCAUUGGAAAGAUUACUCUGCAGAUCCCGUUCUACCGGCCUCACAGCGACCCGUGGGUCAUCUCCAUGUCCCAGCUCAACCUCAUCAUCGGCCCUGCCCAGCUGCAGGAGUAUGACGACCAGAAAGAGAAAGAGGAGCAGAGGGAGCGCAAGAAGUAUCUCCUCAAGACUCUUGAAGACAAAUUCAAGAGUGAGUGUGAGCAGAGAGGAGAGUCUUACUGGUACUCCGUCACUGCAUCCGUGGUUACGAGAAUCGUGGAAAACAUUGAACUCAACAUCCAAGAUGUGCACCUGAGAUUUGAGGAUGACACCUGCAAUCCAGACAAGCCCUUCUCCUUUGGAGUCUGCAUCAACAACAUCUCUGCUCAGAAUCCUUCCAAAGACAAGGCCGGAAAUCCCUUUCGACAGAAGCAGCUGGAGAUCGAUGAUUUCAGGGUCUACUGGGAUACCCAAUGUGAAAUGCUGGCUAAACUCCCUGUGAAUCAGAUCCAGGAGGCGAUGACUCAGUGCAUGAAGACGUGGACUCAUCAGUAUAUCUUUGAGCCAGUGUGUGCCUCCGUGUUGCUCAGAAGAAAUGCUUCCAAGGAGCCUCUGAGGUUCCGACACACCCCACGGAUUGAAGGCCAUGUUCAGCUGGAGACCAUGUCCAUACGCUUAUCUCAGGUCCAGUACCAACAGCUCAUGGCUUUCCUCAAGGAACUAUACCGCAGGGAAAGGGAGAUGAUUUACCGAAAGUGGAGACCCAAUUGCCCCAUCUCUGGAAACUGCAAGCAAUGGUGGAUGUUUGCCAUCCAGGCAAACCUAAGUGAGAUCAGGGAACAGAGGCGUAGAGGAAGUUGGACUUUUGCCCUCCAGCGUGCACGGGAUGUGCAGACUUACACCAGCCUGUACUUCAGGAAACUCAAAGGAGUCCCAUUGAGUCCCCAGGAAGAGAGUGAACUUGAGCGAGUAGAAGAGGAGCAAACAUUGGAGGAACUGCAGAGUCUCAGGGAGAUUGUCCACGAAUGGUUUCAAGAGCAGGAAGAAAUUGUUGAGAAUGUUCAGGAGGCCAGCAGUGAGCCGCAGCCUUGUCCACCCACUACAUCCAUCCCUAAGAGUGGAAGCUCAGGCAUGAUCCAGUACCUGCAGUCCUGGUUUCCUGGCUGGGGUGGCUGGUACGGAGAUUCUCUGGAACCAGACCGAGGCCCCGAGGUGCUUCUGCCCAGCCCGUCUUCCUGGGAUAUUCUGGCAGAAACCGAUGACUUGUUUGACCCGUUGGAGGACUCCCAGACUCUGAACACGUUUACCAGGCGAGAUUACCUGUUUGCCCGACUGGAAUUCUUGCUGGAGAAAGGUAGCAUCACUCUGUUUCAUCAAGAAGGCCGGGAGGAGAUCCUGCAUGAGAGUGGAGUCAUCCAGCUGGAAGUUUCAGGCGUGAAGGUUGUUGUGGAGUCUUUGCCCCGCUCAGAGUCUUCUCUACUGUCUGUAAAACUGGGCGGAUUAUUCCUUAGAGACCUGACCACUCAUGGCACAAUCUUCCCAGUACUGGUGUCUCCCAAACUGGACAAGGUUGUCAUCGCUGUAAACCAAACAUCUGGCCAGUCCAGCAGCACCUCUGAGUGCUUUUCCUCACCGGUCUUUGAAAUGCUUUAUGAGCGUAAUCCUGUGAGGUCCAAGUUCGAAAGAAGACUAGAGGUGAACACCAGUCCACUUAACAUCAUCUACAACCCACAAGCCAUCAAGAAAGUGACAGAAUUCUUCUACAAAGGACGAGUCCAUUCCUCUGGUUUUGGCUAUCAGUCAGAACUGGAGCUGAAAGUGGCGGAGGCUGCCAGAAGGAAGUAUGACAAGUUGAAAAGGCAGACAAAGGCGGAAAUACGCCAAACUAUCGAUCAGCUUCUUGUGGGCGAAUUUAUUGAAAACAGUAAGCGUUGGACGAUGAAGCUGGACAUCUGUGCACCACAGGUCAUUUUCCCCGACGAUUUCCAGUCAGGAGACCCAAUGCUAGUCAUCGUGGAUUUAGGCAGGAUUCUGCUCACUAACUCCCUUGAUGACUCUAAGGAUUUCAAAACUGCUCCACCUGAGAGGGAAGACCAAAGUGAUGAGGAGUACCAGACACCCCAUGGCACUCCACCUGAGCUUCAAGUGCCUCUGAAAGAUUGGCCAAAAUGUCCUGAACUCCCCAGCCUCGGCUCACCUGAAAACACAAAAUCAUAUUGUAGAAAGCUUUAUGAAAGAUACUCCUUGUCCUUCAAGGAUCUGCAGAUAAUGGUUGGUCGCUACAAGGACAAUUGGAAAAACCUUCAAGAGAGUGAAGUGGGUCCGACCCAUGUGGUGGAGAAAUUUAAUGUGUUGUUGCAACUGGAGCAGAGGCUGCGUUACACGUCCGACCCCCAGCUCCCAGGGGCUGUGCUCUCAGGAACCCUGCCUGAUCUCAAGGUCCAUGUCAACCUGGAGAAGAUGACCGCUUUGAGGAGUUGUUUGGCGAGGCUAAGCAAUUCAGCAGUCGAUGCAGACAACCUCCACGAUAAAGGGAUCAAGUCUCCCGACCCGAUAACUCUCCGCCAUGAAAAGAUCUUUCAGAGAGAGGACAGUUCCUGGAAGAUACAAGGUUCAGCCAAGAACUUGACACAAAGCGUGAUGACAUUAGAGCAGCACACAAGGGAAGUUCUGGUGGAAUCCCGCCUACUGCUGGCUGAAUUCAACAUCAACUAUAUGCAGCUUGGUGUGGAGAGCGAUGGCCGCUACAUAUCUGUUUUGAAGGUAUUUGGCACCAACGCUCACUUUGUCAAGCGACCUUAUGAUGCAGAGGUCUCUCUUACGGUCCAUGGUCUCCUUCUGGUGGACACCCUACAAACCUAUGGCUCAGACUUCGACCUUCUAGUGUCCUCUCAUAAAAAUCUCAGUUUUGACAUCCCCACUGGCAGUCUUCAGGAAAGCCAGCCAUCUUCUCCAAUGUCAUACGAGAGUAGGUCUUCUGAGCCUCAGAACCACCUUAAUGAGUCCUCUUCGGGUUUGCGCACGGAUAGAAUGUCUGGCCUUAGUUCCUUUCUUAAAGAUCAAGAGGUGCUGAUUAAACUGGAAUACCAAUUUGUUAGUUCAGACUGUCCUUCCAUGAACCUGGACAGUUCCCUUCAGGUGAUAAGCAUGCAGGUCAACAACUUGGACAUUAUUCUGAACCCCGAGACCAUGGUAGAGCUGCUGAAAUUCCUCCAAAAGUCUUUCCCCAAGGAGGAAAACCAAUGGGCGGCGUCAUUACAGCAACCUGCAGUACAGCCCGACGCCAAGGAAGAAGAUGGAACUUUCCAGUCGACAUAUGAUCAUAACAAAGAGCUAACUGUGGAGAUUCAUCGACUUAACCUCCUUCUCCUUCGAACGGUAUCCACAGGAACUGUGUUGGGGGCUGAGAAGAAAGGCUUGAAGAUUGCAACUGCCAGCAUCACCGGCACCAAGGUUAAUGUUUCCUUAGGCAGUCGAAUGGACAUCAAUGGAUCACUUGGUGCCAUGCAGUUAGUAGACCUUACCCAGGAAGGAGGCCGAAGCCAGUUUGUAGUGAGCAUCGGCAAUGCAGAAGACAGCUCUUCAACUUGUGAAGGACUACCUUUGCUUGCCGAAGAAGAACUUUCUCCUUCAGAAGCCCUGAAUUUUCAACUCCAGGAGAAUUUCCAAGGGGACUGCACUUUACAUCUGCACAUGGCAUCCUUGCAUUAUAACCACUCAGCCAAGUUCUUGAUGGAGCUCAGUCUUUCCGCUAAUGAGGUGGAGGACAAUUUCCGCUCUAUGUUGAAAAGCGCUGCCACCAAAGUGUCCACGGUUCUUGUCACGAAGACGGCCGAGUACAGCGGUAUGUUCUCGCUCUUUGAGACACCCUCGCGAAGAAGUCGAACUCAGAGUCAGAGUUGGGCUUAUUCCAUGGAGGACGAGGAGGAUAUUUCCAUGGAGGAGCCUGAAUCCACCUUGGAGACCUUCUUCGUGAAGUUGACCUUAAAUAUAAACAUCGAAUCACCGGUCGUGUCCAUUCCUCGAAAACCUGGACACCCUGAACUGCUGGUCGGGCACUUGGGCAGUAUAACUAUCCAGAACUUUAGCACUGGCCAACAGUCAGAAGGCGAGCUGUUGCAGGUGCUUGUGAAGGAUAUCCGCUUGUACUCACUAAACACCGGUCACUUGGUUCUGAAGAAGAUGCAAAGAGCGGAGAAAACUGGCAACUCGUCACCGUCCCAUAACAGAAGUCAGGAUGAACCUCAGUUCACACGCCACGACUUCUUUGAAUACCUCAGCCAAGGAAAAGCCUUCCAUAUAUUGAAAGACACCACAAUACAGUUCACACUGGAGAAGUCCCCCGUCCACGAAUAUAUCCAGUUUACCUUUCUUAGCUCUAAAGAACCAUGCAAGAGCACGGGACUACUGAGAGUCGAAGGGAAAUUCAUCAAACCUGUUCAGGUGUUCCUGUGCAAGGCUGUGUAUGAACAGGUCCUGCAGACACUGGAUCAUUUAUUUGUCAUUGAGGAGCAACGAGCUACACCCAGUCAACCACCAACGCCCCCGCCUCCAACACCUUCCUCCACCAGGCCUCACCGCUUCCCCGACCCCCACGGAGGACUGUUUGCCAAGGACCCUCCCUACAUCAGCCUGCCGCACUCGCUGCUCUCCUCUCCUUUGCCCCUGCAGUCUCAAAAGCCGAGUCCUCAGUCUCCUGCCUUCACUCAGCUGAAAGUCACAGUGCACGUUGCAGAACUGCAGGUCCAGCUCAGUGCCGACUUGACGCAGGGCUCCCAAGGCUUGAUCAGUCUGCAAUUCCGUGACCUGGAGGGAGACAUCACCAAAGAGCAUCCACAUUUGUUGGAAGUCCAGCUGGUUCUGCGUUCACUGCUCAUGGAGGAUCUCCUGGAGCAGAACCCUGAGCAUAAACAUCUCAUGGUGUCCCGUGGAGCUCCAAAGCCUUCCACAUUCAGCCCCAAGGAGUACCUAUCUCAUAGCUGUCCAUCAGCAUCCAACGUCCAGUACCCCGACAUGCCCCGCUCUCUUCCUUCUCAUAUGGAAGAGGCCCAGAAUGUCUUCCAGCUCUACCAGAGGCAUGCCGCUACUUUGGCCAGUAAUCGCAAAACGAAGAAGGAUCCAGACUGUCCGAGCACUCCACCGCCCUCCCCUCAGCCCACCUCAGAGUUUGACGAGUCCUUAGUUCACAUCAAUGUGUUGCUGGUGGACCAGAACCACCCGGAAUUCACCACCCGUUACGGAAGUGUGGGACGAAGCAUCGAUAUUGACUUUAACUGCCUGGACGUUUUAAUCACCUUGCAGACAUGGGUGGUCAUCCUGGAUUUCUUUGGAAUCGGCUCCACGGCGAACAAUCACGCAAUGAAGGUGGCGCCCAGCUCCCCUCAAUAUGUGCCAGGACAUCCUCUCUACGAGUCGGACGACAUGGAGCAGGACUCCGGCGAUGCGGUCAACACCAAACUGGACCUCAAGGUUCAUGCCCUGUCGGUGGUGCUCAACAAGGAAGGCAACGAGCUGGCCAGAGCCAGUGUGAUCAAACUAUCUGCACACCUGGAAAUGUUGGAAAGCAACCUGGUAUUGACGGGCAGUUUGGGAAGUUUGUCCCUCAGCGACCUGACCCCUCACGGUGACCUCUACUGUGAGCGCUUCACCACCCGUGGAGGGGAAGCUCUCAUUUUUCACAUCCAUAAAUACGGGCUGGCCGAUCCCUGCCUUGAACGAGAGUACGACAUGAAGGUUUCUCUACUGAUGGCCUCUGUGCAGUAUGUGCAUACUCAGCGCUUCCAGGCCGAGGUGGUGGCCUUCAUACAGCACUUCACUCAGCUGCAGGAUGUCCUUGGCAGGCAGAGGGCUGCACUGGAGGGCCAAGCCAUAAGGGACCGUCCUCAGCGGGCCUCCAGGGUUCUGCUGGACAUCCAGGCUGGUGCUCCAGUAAUAAUCAUCCCAGAAAGCUCAAGUUCAAGCAGGGUGAUUGUGGCAAACCUCGGCCAGCUGGAGCUGCAGAACUGCUUCUUACCUGCUGGGGCUGGCGGCACUUUCUCCGGCCGAGACAAGAAGGAGUCCACACAGAAGGCAGAAGCGUGGACUUAUGAGCAAAGACAGCAUAAAAAGCCUCCCAGCAGCCUCAACUUGUGGCCCAAUGGCAGCACAGCGCCUGGCAGAGUCACCUCAGAAGACCACGUGUGUCUCCUGGACUGCAUUGCUCUGGAUCUGCAGCAGAUGGAUAUAUUUGCUGCGGAGCGCCUGCCCUGCCAACCGUGUGACCGAGGCUGUAAAUCCACGGAAACGUCCGAUCUUAUUUUCCCGUCAUACUCUGUCCGUCGGACGGGAGGCAACCUGCUGAAAGAGUGCUGCCGCCUCCAGCUUAAAGUGGAACGCAACCUGGACAGAGAGCUGAGCCACGCGGUGCCAGACAUGACCAUCUAUGGCAGCCUGUCAUCAGUGCAGUGCUCUCUGGACCCUCAACAUUACCAGCUGAUUCGAGGGCUGCUGGAGAACAACCUCGGAGAGCCCGUUGAAGAAUUCCUGCGACCCUUCAACCUGCAGGACCCCAGCACCUACACCGUGUUAAGUGGAGAUGUCUACACCAACUUGUCCAUCCUGGUGGACAUGAUGGAUGUCAGUCUGGAGCUCACGGACCGCAGUGAAUCCAGCGGGCACAAACGCUCUCUAGCAAGGUUUAACUUCAUCAAAUCCAAACUGCUCUUUGAGAGUUUCUCCAACGGCUCCAAGUCCGUCAACUUGGUGUCCCACUCGCUGCUUGCGUACGACACUCGCUGCACCGGACAGCACAAGAAGACCGGACGUGACGCCACCUGCAGGCACAACGUAUUCCACUGCAUCCUCCAGCCUUCCAAAACCGGCAGCAACCAGGCUUCUCUGCAGCUGGAACUGCAUUACAGAUCCACACAGGACUCCUCCUGUUUUACGGUGGUCCUGAACAACCUGAGGGUCUUUCUCAUCUUUGACUGGCUGCGGCUGGUGCAGGAGUUCCUGCAAACGCCAGUGAGGAAGCCCUCGGGUGCAGAGAACCCCAGUAACAUCGGCACGGACUCCGGACUCGCCACUGCUGCCAUCACUACCACCAUACCAAAGAGGGUCAAGAGCGGUGUGGUCACCAAGAGGUCCACGGUGCCGGUUACCCUCAACCGCUGCCUGGAGGUCAAGGUCAAUGUGACAGGCACAGAAUUUGUCAUCGUGGAGGACUCCAACUGCCUGGAUACCAACGCCAUCAUCCUCAAAGGCACCACCGUCCUCACCUACAAGCCUCGUCUCUUGGACAGACCUUUCUCUGGAAGCCUUGCUGGCAUCGAGGUCUUCUCCUGUUGUCUGGGCAGCGAGCAGGAGACCGCUCUGUCCAUCGUGGAUCCGGUCAAUGUUCAGGUGGAGCUCUGUGGCAGCCCCACAUACCAAAGCAGCUCCGGUCUACUGGACGCCUUCAGUGUGGAGGACAUCCCACCGCUGCUGGAGAUCCAGUUUCCUGUCCUGGACAUCCGCCUGUCCUACAAUGACAUUCAGCUCUUCUUGGCCAUCGCCAAGUCCAUCCCUGAUGUCAACGCUUCUGACUCGGAUGUUGCCACUUCAACUCAAGCUGUGCCUGCCCACGCAACCAAACACUCUGGGAGAAAAAGUCUCGCCCAUAUAGAGGGGCAGCUCAUUCAUCUGCAGGAUCUUGGCUUCCGGAAGGAAGACUGUAAAAAGGCCCUCCUUCUCUGUAAAGGCCAUCUGGACCAGGCUGCCACGUGGUUGCUUGAAAAUGCUGAGAACAUGGCAGGCCGGUCCAAAGCCGGUGCCGACUGUGGUUCUUCCAGUCAGGCAGCUGCUCUGUCGGGGAUAGAAGUGAAGGCAGAGAGCAUCUGCAUCUGUUUCAUCGACGACUGUCUGGACCGUGACAUACCCCUUGCUGAGCUCACCUUCUCACGACUAAAUGUCUUGCAGCGCAUUGGUUCCACCCAGGAAGGCAAUGCCAGCUGUACUUUUUCAGGAGACUACUACAACAGAGAGUUGGCAGGAUGGGAGCCCUUCAUGGAGCCCUGGCCGUGCUCCCUGUCCUGGCAGCAGCAGGCGGCAGGCAGACUCCACCCUCCACGUUUCAAGAUGAGCGUUCGAGCCAAGCAGCGACUUGACGUCAACAUCACUUCUGUGCUGCUGGAACAGUACAACACAACCAAGACAUCUUGGAUAGCAGACUACUGGAAGAAGGAUGAGCAGACGAGUCAGUCCUCACCCACCUUGUCCUGGGUCGGCUCCUCCGUCGACCCGCCCAGCUUCGGACACAGUGCUCCCCUCUCUCACCUCAGGACUCGGAGCACUGCCAGCUUGACCGCUUUUGAUCAACAAGCUUCAGACUCCCGAGAUGUUAAAGUGUCCAAGAAGAGGCAGCCAUUCGUACCUUAUGCUCUGUGCAACCACACAGGAUGCACCAUGUGGUUCGCCACUCUGACUACCACCCCCACCAGAGUGGCGCUUUCUCACAGCAACAGUGCAGACUCCAUCGGAGACAUCCACGGUCCAGGCAGUGAUGACGGCCACAAUGUCAGUCAGUGGCGAGAAGUGCUUCCUGGGGAGGAGAUUCCUUUUGAGUUUGAAGCACGGGAGAAACUUCGCCACAGGCACACCCAUGAGUUGAAGCUGCACCAGCUGCUGGUGAGGGUGUGUGGCUGGGAGCAGGUGAAGCCAGUGUCUGUGGACAAAGUGGGCGUGUUCUUCCGUUACGCAGCUCCAGACAGGAACAAUGCAUCCAACAUUGUGGGCAGUCCUAUCAGCAGGACCAACAUCAUACACCCACAUGUCUAUUUCUCAGCGUUGCCUCCAGUGAGAGUGGUCUUCUCCAUCACCAUGGAGGGAAGUGCCAGGAAGGUGAUAACUGUCAGAUCUGCCCUCAUUCUGAAGAACCAGCUGGAUGUUCCCAUGGAGAUCAGACUGGACAGCCCUUCUGCCCCCGACAAACCCGUGGUGUUGCCUCCUAUAUUGCCUAACCAGGCCUUGGCGGUUCCCCUCCACCUGACCUCAUGGCGUCUACAGGCCCGGCCCAAGGGCCUGGGCUUGUUCUUCUGUAAAGUUCCCAUCCACUGGACCAGUGUGGAGCGAGCCGGAGAGUUGAGCAGCAGCAGGAGGGAUUGCCAGUCCGCAGACUUUGACCUCAAGCGGAACUUCAGGUUUUGCGUGGUCAUCAAAAAAGAGCACUACCCUGACCAGCGGCCUGCCAAGAAGGUGUCCGGUACCACAAAGGAGAUCUAUCGCCAGCCGGGCCACACCAUCUUUCUAUUGCCCACGGUGGUGCUGGCCAACCUGCUGCCCUGCGACCUCAACUACUACGUGAAGGGCACCUCCAUCAAAGGCUCUCUGAAGCCUGGCAAAGAAGCCGUGCUUCAUGCCAUGGACACGUCCCAGAACAUGGAGCUAGGUGUGCUGUUUGAGAACUUCCCGCUGUGCAAAGAGCUGCUCAUUCCUCCGGGAACCCAGAACUAUGUGGUCCGAAUGAGGCUGUACGACACCAACAAGCGUCUGCUCUGCCUCACCAUUCGCAUCAUUCUGCGGGCACAGGGGGCGCUGAAGAUCCUGAUCUCUGCCCCCUACUGGCUGAUCAACAAGACAGGCCUUCCCUUAAUUUUCAGACAAGACAACGGCAAAGUGGAUGCAGCAGGCCAGUUUGAUGAGCAUGAAUUGGCCCGAAGUCUCAGCCCGUUACUCUUCUGCUACACCGACAAGGAACAGCCGGCUAUGUGUACCAUGCGGGUUGGAAAGGGGAUCCAUCCAGACGGCGUUCCAGGUUGGUGCCAAGGUUUCUCCCUGGAUGGAGGAAGUGGAGUCCGGGCUGUGAAGGUCAUCCAGCAUGGUAACAGGCCUGGCCUCAUCUACAACAUUGGUAUCAGUGUGCGGAACGGAAAGGGACGCUACCGAGACACUCACAUUGUGACCUUUGCCCCCCGCUACUUGCUGGACAACAGCUCCUCACACAAGCUGGCCUUUGCUCAGCGGGAGUUUGCCCGCGGAAAGGGGACUGCCAACCCCGAGGGUUACAUCUCCACCCUGCCGGGCUCCAGCGUGGUCUUCCACUGGCCCAGGAAUGACUAUGACCAGUUGUUGUGUGUACGCCUGAUGGACUCGCCCACCUGCACCUGGUCAGGAGGCUUUGAGGUCAACAAACCAAAGUCCUUUCACGUCAACAUGAGGGACACCAUGGGGAAUUGCUUCUUCCUCCGGACGGAGAUCACCAUUAAGGGAGCCACCUACCAGGUCUCCUUCACUGACACUGACCAACUGCCCCCACCAUUCCGUAUCCACAACAUCUCUGAGGUUCCUAUCCAGUUCUGGCAGCACGGUGUGGUGGACAUCAAGCUGCACACCGAGGUGAAGGCCGACUCAGAACUGGACUACGCCUGUGACGAACCAACACUGCCGCCAUACCUGACUCUCACCGUGAAAGGAGCCGGGUCCUCCGAGGUCACAGCUGACAUGAACUUCUUCAGAGAAUACAACAAGCUCUACUACGAGAACUUCAUCUACAUCGCAGCCACCCACACCUUCUCACAGAGUGGUGGCAGGAGACGAGUUGGCAAGAAGCAUCUGGUAACUUGUGCUGAGUUGGUUCUUGAUGUGGACACCAAGACACAGAGGGUCAUCUUGAAGAAGAAGGAGCCCGGCAAACGCUCCCAGCUCUGGAGAAUGACGGGCACAGGUAUGCUCUGUCAUGAAGGCUCCUCUCCGCCGCAGAGCAAGCCUGCUCAGCCACGGCCCGUGGACUCUUCUCUGGUCCUGGACAUUGCAGGUCUUGCAGCUGUCAGUGACAACAGUUUUGAGCCAUUGAUGCUAAGGAGACCAGACCCUCGACGCAGCACCACCCAGACUUGGCACUUCAGCUCCUGCAUGCUGACUUGUGGACUUCCCCGCCUCGUAGUGCAGGUGAGGGGCGGCAUGGAGGGUCUAUACGAUGGAUCCGAAGUGGUGUUGGGACCGGACUCUGGGCUUAUGGAACCCGGUCCUGAACAGCAGUUCAUCAACCAGAAGAUGAGGCCUGGCUCUGGGGUGUUGUCUGUUCAGGUGCUGCCAGAUGGACCCACACGUGUUCUGCAGAUCAGUGACUUCAACCAGAGAAGAAUGGUCCACAAGUCAGCAGCUGCAGAGGCAGACACCAACAAAGAGGAGGUGAAGAAGAAGGAGCCACAACAGGAGCUGGAGGUGUUGGUGAACCUGGAGGAAGGUAUCGGCGUGUCGCUUCUCAACAAGGUUCCUGAGGAGCUGGUGUUCGCCACACUGUCGGGUAUUGAUGUCCACUUCACACGCACGGCUGCCAACGAGGUGUUGGAAAUGAGCAUCAGCAACAUCCAGGUGGACAACCAGCUGCUGGGCAGCACCCAGCCUGUCAUGCUGUGUGUGACUCCAAUGUGCAGCGACGGCAUGGUGCUUGACAGCGGGCCAGCCUUGCAAGUCAACUCCGUCAAAGUUCCCAGCAGCCUGAUGCUCACUGAUAUCUUCAAGCAUCUCAUGGUGACAGCUGGACGCUUCAGUGUGAUCAUCGAAGAGAAGUUGUUGCUCAAGCUACUCAGCUUCUUUGGGUAUGGACACACCGAAGCAGAGCUGGAGAAACUGGAUGAAAACCUCCAUGAGAGACCCAACAGGGAUGCAGGACCCCCCAAGCGCUACUACUUUGAGAACCUGAAGAUCAGCCUCCCUCAGGUCAAGCUGAGUGUCCUCACCUCUCACAAGCUGCCUGCCGACCUCAAGGCUCUGAAAGGUACUUUGGGGUUUCCGCUGGUUCGUUUUGAGGACGCUGUUGUCAACAUGUACCCGUUCACCAGAGUGCACCCCUACGAGACCCAGGAGAUCAUCAUCAACGACAUCUUCAAGCAUUUCAGAGAGGAGCUGAUCAGCCAGGCAGCCCAGAUCUUGGGAUCCGUGGACUUCCUCGGGAAUCCGAUAGGACUCCUCAACGACGUGUCCGAGGGUGUGUCGGAGCUCAUCAAGUACGGCAACGUGGGCGGUCUCAUACGCAACGUGACACAUGGCGUGUCCAACUCUGCUGCCAAGUUUGCAGGGACCUUAUCUGAUGGGCUGGGGAAGACCAUGGACAACCGCCACCAGACGGAGCGAGAGUACAUCAGAUACCACGGCGCCACUAGUGGAGAGCACCUGGUCGCAGGCAUCCACGGACUAGCUCAUGGGAUCAUAGGAGGCAUGACCAGCAUCAUCACCUCCACGGUGGAGGGUGUGAAGACGGAGGGUGGAGUCACUGGCUUCUUCUCCGGUCUGGGUAAAGGUCUGGUCGGCACGGUGACCAAACCGGUGGCGGGAGCGCUGGACUUUGCUUCAGAGACGGCACAGACGGUCCGAGACAUGGCCAGUCUCAGUAACCACAGGUUAAGUGUACAACGCGUGAGGAAACCUCGCUGCUGCAAAGGUCCUCAGGGUCUUCUGCCCCGCUACUCGGCCCUGCAGGCUGAGGGUCAGGAGCAGCUCUUCCGCCUGACCGACAACAUCCAGUCUGAGUUCUUCAUCGCGGUGGAGCCCAUCGACAGCUACAGCGUGCUCAUCUCCUCCAAAGUGGUCUACUUCCUGAAGCCGGGAGACCAGGUGGACCGUGAGGCCAUUUUCCUGGAGAUCAAGUAUGACGACCUGUACCACAGUCUGGUGUCCAAGGAUCAUGGCAAGGUCUACGUGCAGCUCACCAAGAAGGCUGAAAGCACCAGCAGUGGAGUCGCCAUGCCUGGACCCUCUCACCAGAAGCCCAUGGUGCAUGUGAAGACUGAAUCUCUGGCUGUCAAAAUCUCCCAGGAAAUCAACUAUGCCAAGAGUUUGUAUUACGAGCAACAGCUGAUGCUGCCUGCCACUGACAACCAGGACUGCUUGUUGCUGGAGUCCUGAUCUCUCUCACACACACACACACACACACACACACACACACACACACACACACACACACACACACACACA